AGCCUGACUCUAACGUUUGCAAAACGAAUUUCGUCCUUUCAGUGUUGUUUUGUUUGCAGUACAGCAAGGACGACAAUUUCGGAGAUGUGAGCUAAGAGUGGAACAGAAAAUAUAACAUCACAAGUGGUUCUUUUCCACAUGGCCUCUGAAGUUUUCAAGUCAAAUGCAUCCUCAAAUAAAAGCAGCUUAUUUCUUUAGGAGACAAUUAAAAAUACCAUCGAGCCUGUCAGGAUUAUAUUAUUUUUCUUUAAUGUCAUGUAAGUAAUGGAUGCAAAGGAAAGAAGCUUAUCAGGGCUAGAUCCACCUCAGAUUUUCCCUACUGAGAUUACCUUCAAGAUUCUUGGACUGUUAGAUGUGGUAACCCUCUGUCAUUGUAGAAAACUUUCUCGAAAAUGGAAGGAUCAAGUGAAUGAGUACCUUAGAAGCGUACUUCGCCUGGAUUUUGUACCUUAUGAAUCAAUUCUGACCGAACAUGGAUUGAAGCAUUUGCUCAUGUAUACCAGCAAUCUCCGAGUUCUUCAUCUUGAUUCGUGCUGGCCGUGUGUGACAGAAGAGAACUUGUUUUUGAUUGCCAAGAAUUGUAAGAAGCUGUCUGUUCUUACAACAAGCAAGUGUAAAGGAGUCACUGAUGCUGGACUCGAAGCAUUAGCAAGGCACUGUAAGGAAUUAACAGAGCUGGAUCUCAGUAGCUGUUUUACGAUCUCAGAUGCUGGUGUCAUCGCUUUGAGUGAAAGAUGUUCUGCUCUUCGAGAACUUCAUGUCAGCAGCUGUUAUGGUGUGACUGAUAAGAGUAUUGGUGUUGUAGCCAAGCAGUCUUGUGGCUUAACAGAGUUAGAUGUAAGUUGGUGCUUCUAUGUCACUGAUCAGAGCAUUAAAGAAUUUCUGUCACCAAGUUGCAAGCUGGAGCUUCUGAGAAUUAAGGGUUGCACUGUUUCAGAAGGAAUGAUCUCCAAGCUUAUGGCCAAAGGGAUUGUUGUUAACAACUUUUUUUAGUCUUGAUUCAACAUUUUUAAUUUUAUUUUACCUAUUUAAAGUUAUUCUCAUUUUAUCCCUUUUACGUGAACAUCUGAGCUCUUAAACAAACUUUAGGGUUCUCUGACCAAUAAUCAUUCAAGUUCCAAAGUAUAUUACUUAGAUAAAUAUAACAUCCAGGAACAAACAUGCUAUCUUAGUUCGUUCUUCUGUCUGAGUAAAGGUUUUAACUCAAUUUUUACAGAAUUUUUCCCACUUUUUGUUGCAACAGUGGUACCAUCAAAAGUUUUUUGACAAAUGGCAACUAAAGAAAUCUUUUGAAAUUUAACAGUAGUGAAUAGAUACAAAGCAACGAAACAUGUACAUUGAACUAAUUUUGGUCUAAGCAGGUAGAGGCCUCCCCGGGCCUGAAUGUGUUUGAAAUAAAAUUA